UAGCCAGCCAGCCACAAGGGCGCGCUAUCCACUGACCCGCCACUGUUUUCCCGCCCAACGAAACCAUCUCCCUCCAUGGCGGCCGCCGCGUCGUCCACGCUGCUGCAGGGAAGCAACUUCACAAACGCGCGCCGUGUCCCAAGAACCUCCGAUCAACAGCGCAUUCCAAAUUGCGUAGCGAGGAGAUCUUCUCCUUCCUCACUCUGCUUCCGCACCGGGAGCGGGCGGACAGCGGCAGUCGUCCGCGCGGCGGCGGCGGCGGCGGCUGGCGACGGGGAUGCGUCGGUCGUCUCCCUGCCGGCGGCGCUGCUGUUUGACUGCGACGGCGUGCUGGUGGACACGGAGAAGGACGGUCACCGAAUCUCUUUCAAUGAGACCUUCGCCGAGAGGGAAUUAGGUGUCAGCUGGGACGUUGAAUUGUACGGAGAAUUGCUCAAGAUAGGUGGUGGUAAGGAAAGGAUGAUGGCUUACUUCAACAAGACAGGAUGGCCAGCUAAAGCACCAAAAACUGAUGAAGAAAGAAAGCAGUUUAUUGCUUCUCUUCACAAGAGGAAAACAGAACUAUUCAUGGCCCUAAUUGAGAAGAAGUUGCUUCCUCUCCGCCCAGGAGUUCAAAGGUUAAUCGAUGAAGCAUUAGGAAAGGAAGUUAAAGUUGCAGUGUGCAGUACAUCAAAUGAGAAAGCUGUUUCAGCAAUAGUGUCAUGCUUAUUAGGGCCUGACAGAGCAGAAAAGAUUACCAUAUUUGCCGGGGAUGUGGUUCCUCGCAAAAAACCUGAUCCAGCAAUCUACAUAUUAGCGGCAACUACACUUGGAGUUGAUCCAUCUAGCUGUGUUGUGGUUGAGGACAGUACUAUAGGACUUGCAGCGGCCAAAGCUGCCGGCAUGAAGUGUAUUGUAACAAAAAGCAGCUACACUGCAGAAGAGGACUUUGCGACAGCAGAAGCCGUGUUCGAUUGCAUUGGAGACCCACCUGAAGUACGCUUUGAUUUGGAUUUCUGCGCAGACCUGCUCCAAAAACAAUAUGUAAGCUAAACGAAGGGCACAUUUAUGGUACAUCUUGUUAGAAAACAAGUAUUGUUUGUAAAGGACCUCAAAUGUAUAAACAAACAACAAUGUGUUAUACAUGUAACUACUCUUCUGGCAAAUCUCACUAGUAAUCUUUCAUUU